UGGAGGUCCCCGUGACGCGGGGUGGUGACUGGCUCCCGUGUCUGAGGGGCUCCGGCUUGUCAGGUUCUAGCUCAUGUUUUCUGGCUAGACCUGUGAGACUUCACUGCGGGGUUUCUCGUCUUCCUCACCCCUAGUGUGUAAUACCUCAACAUGGACCUACUACUUUACCUAAAUUAUGACCAGCAAUGAAUAGUAGCAAGGCAGCUGAAUAUUUGUUCCGAUAGAGCCAUUCUAUUUCUGAUUUCGGUCAGCAUUGAAGCAUGUAAAAGAUAUGUGCUGACUGGAAGGCUCACUUGUGCAGUGUGGAGAAUAAAGGUAGUGCCUUACAAAAAUGGGAUUUGGGAGUGACCUGAAGAAUUCGCAUGAAGCUUUGUUAAAAUUGCAAGACUGGGAAUUACGGUUAUUGGAAACAGUGAAGAAAUUCAUGGCCCUGAGAAUAAAAAGUGAUAAAGAAUAUGCAACUACUUUACAGAACCUUUGUAAUCAAGUUGAUAAGGAAAGUACUGUCCAAAUGAAUUAUGUCAGCAAUGUAUCCAAGUCUUGGCUACUUGUGGUUCAGCAGACAGAGCAACUUAGUAGGAUAAUGAAGACACAUGCAGAGGACCUAAACUCUGGACCAUUACACAGGCUUACCAUGAUGAUCAAGGAUAAGCAACAGGUGAAGAAAAGUUACGUAGGUGUUCAUCAGCAGAUAGAGGCAGAGAUGUUCAAGGUUACAAAGACAGAACUGGACAAAUUAAAAUCCAGCUAUCGACAGUUGAUCAAAGAAAUGAAUUCUGCCAAAGAUAAAUAUAAAGAAGCUUUAGCUAAAGGGAAGGAAACUGAAAAAGCCAAGGAACGCUAUGACAAAGCCACAAUGAAGCUUCAUAUUUUGCAUAAUCAGUAUGUACUGGCAUUGAAAGGGGCACAGCUUCAUCAGAAUCAGUAUUAUGACACUACACUUCCUCUGCUCCUGGACUCCUUACAAAAGAUGCAAGAAGAAAUGAUAAAAGCAUUAAAAGGUAUAUUUGAUGAAUACAGCCAGAUAACCAGUCUUGUUACAGAGGAAAUAGUGAAUGUCCAUAAAGAAAUUGAAUUGUCAGUCGAACAGAUUGAUCCUUGCACAGAAUAUAAUAAUUUUAUAGAUGUUCACAGAACAACAGCUGCUAAAGAACAAGAUAUAGAAUUUGAUACUUCCUUACUAGAAGAAAAUGAAAGUCUUCAGGCAAAUGAGAUCAUGUGGAAUAAUUUAACAGCAGAAAGUUUGCAAGCAAUGUUGAAAACUUUAGCAGAAGAGCUUAUGCAAACACAGCAGACGAUUUUAAACAAGGAGGAAGCUGUUCUGGAACUAGAAGGGAGGAUUGAGGAAUCUUCUAAGACCUAUGAGAAGAAGUCCGAUAUUGUGCUUCUACUGAGCCAAAAGCAGACACUUGAGGAGCUGAAGCAGUCAGUCCAGCAGUUGAGAUGCACCGAAGCCAAGUUUGCAGCGCAGAAGGAACUACUAGAGCAAAAAGUGCAAGAAAACGAUGGGAAGGAGCCACCGCCAGUAGUCAAUUAUGAAGAAGAUGCACGAUCAGUGACCUCUAUGGAAAGAAAGGAGAAGCUAUCCAAAUUUGAGUCUCUUCGUCAUUCAAUUGCUGGAAUAAUUAGGUCUCCAAAAUCUCCAUUGAGCUCUUCAACGUACUCUGAUGUGAUCUCCGUCAGUGAAAAGCCUCUGGCUGAACAGGACUGGUACCAUGGUGCAAUUCCUAGAAUAGAAGCCCAGGAUCUGUUAAAACAACAAGGAGACUUCUUGGUGCGAGAGAGUCAUGGGAAACCUGAAUUUAUAUAGAUUCGAAGGCAGUGGGUUUUCAAACAUACCUCAACUUAUAGAUCAUCAC